GAAUUCAGUAAACGAACGAGUCUCGGUGGUUACGGAUGAAAAAACAUUCACGCUUAUAUAAUAUAAAUAUAUCAAUACACAUAUUUAUGUGCCCAUAUAUAUAAACAUAUAAAAAUAUUUUAGAUGUAAUUUGAAAUAGUCUCUCAAAGUUCGUGGUUCUCACUUUCACCGGAGAAAGUACUCGAUAUAAUUCGACUCGGUAAACGCCAUCGAUAAAAAUUAAAAUCACUCAAAACAACAACAACAACAAGACUGAGGCUAGGCAAUUGACAAACAAAACGAGUUCGAUUGCUGGCGUUGUGAGAGUACACAAGAAAAACACGAAUACAUGGGAAUUAGUGUAUUUGUAAAUAGAUAAAUCGCGACCACUCAAUCUAAUUUGAUGAACAUAUGAAAGCUACGAAGUAGACAAUUUUUUGUUUUGUUUUGUUUUGUUUUUUUUUUCUUUUUCUUUUUUAUUUCGUUCUCUUUGCUUAGUGAAAUAUUAACGUGUAACAAAGACAAAUUAAAUUUAAUAUUAACGAAACAAGGAAACAGAAACUGAAAGACUAGUGAAAUAUCGACAUCCCAAGAGUUUUUGUUUUCGUUCGGUUAAGAAAACAUUCGGUUCCCAUCAACAGUGGCUUUAAUCAAUCAAACUGGAUUCCAACAAGCAGUACGUGUCGCGAUUAUAUCGCGGCUAUCGGAGACUCAAGAAAUUAUUUAAGCGGGUGGCGAAUCAGGCGCUCACAGUUUCUCCGCAGCCUGGAUUAACGGUGGAGGGGCCGGUGUCGAAAAUGUCACCGCCGACGAAUGACGUUACCAAUGGCGUCGUCGUCGUCGUCGUCGCGUCGGACGAACUUACGCCUCGAGUUCCACCUACCGGAAGCCCGGCAAUAAUAACGACGUCGCUCGCUACUCACAAACGUACGCCCAAAGAUUUCAUCUUUGGGAAAGUGAUCGGGGAGGGCAGCUUUUCGACCGUUUACCUGGCGAAGGACAUACACACGAGUCGGGAAUACGCGAUAAAAGUAUGCGACAAGCGGUACAUCAUCAAAGAGAAAAAGAUCGAGUACGUGAAACGAGAGAAGGAAGUAUUGAACAUGCUCUCCGGUGCGAAACACUCGUUCGUACGUUUGUUUUGCACCUUCCAAGAUCUCGAUCGUCUGUACUUUGUACUAUCGUAUGCGAAGAACGGUGAACUUUUGCCCUACAUCAACAAGGUCGGUUCGUUCGAUAUCGAGUGUACGAAAUUCUAUUCCGCCGAAAUACUUCGUGGUCUCGAAUACCUCCACGGUUUGGGUAUAAUCCAUCGUGAUCUCAAGCCCGAAAACAUUCUCCUUGACGAGAAGAUGCAUAUCUUGAUCACCGACUUUGGUAGCGCGAAAAUCCUCAAAGAAGAUCCAGCAGAGACGAGCCAGCAGAAAACGAAUCAAAAUUCGACCACCGCAACGGCAACGGCAACAGCAACAACAACAACAACAACCGCAACAGCGACGAACGUCGAAAAAUCAGACGAGCCAAGACAAAGAAGAAAUUCUUUCGUUGGCACCGCCCAGUACGUCUCACCCGAAAUAUUGACCAACAAAUCAGCCAGUCGAGCGUCCGAUCUUUGGGCCUUGGGUUGUAUCGUUUAUCAAAUGGUCGCCGGAUUACCGCCAUUCCGAUCAAGAAGCGAGUAUCUCAUAUUCCAAAAGAUCCUCAAACUCGAUUACGAAAUACCCGAUGGCUUUUGUCCAUUGGCGAAAUCGUUGGUCAAGCAGCUGCUCGUCCUGGAGGCGAGCGAACGUUUGGGCGCGACGGACGAGCAUGGCGCUGGUUAUCCGGCCAUAAGAGCCCACGAAUUUUUCAAAGGCGUCGAUUUCGAAACGCUUCAUGAACAAACUCCACCACCGAUUUAUCCGUACUUGCCGGGUACCUCCGAACACGAGGAACUCAGAUCGCACUAUCGAGUGCCCGAUCACCUCGAGCCCGGAUUGGAUGAUCGUCAAUUGACGAGAUUGCUCGGUCUCGGGAUUGCCGAUGAAUCUAUUCCUGACAAGAGUCAAUCUGCUACCAAUAAAACAACUACGACGACGAGCAGCCACUCCAAUGUUGCUACCGCCACCACCGCCACCACCACCACCACCAGCACCGCCGCCACCAGCACUGCCACUGUCACGAGCAAUACCAACGUUUCCGUCACAAACAACCUGGAGAAACCAUUCCGUAAAAGUACUACCGGAAUUGCUGAUCUUACCGAAGAUGAAAUUAAAUCAAGACUCGAGAAACAACGCAGCAGCGAUCCUUGGCACAGUUUUGUCGAUGAAAAUGUCAUACUUAAACGUGGCUUCGUCAACAAACGGAAAGGUCUCUUUGCCAGAAGAAGAAUGCUUCUGCUCACGACGGGUCCUCAUCUCUAUUACGUCGAUCCCGUCAACAUGGUACUCAAAGGUGAAAUCCCCUGGAGUCCGGAACUCAGGGUUGAACCGAAAAAUUUCAAGAUCUUCUUCGUCCAUACGCCUAACAGAACGUAUUAUCUGGAAGAACCCGAAGGUUUUGCUCUGGAGUGGUGCCGAGCGAUCGAAGAAAUGCGGGUCCAUUGUUACGGGCUCAGAGAAAAGAUCGAGGGCUAAAGUGAAGAGAAAAACUUGAUGAUCGACGGAAGGAGGACUUUGCGAUGAAAGGGAAGAGCCGCUGAAAAAUAUUUUUCAAUAACCCCAUUAAAGUAAUUAAUCUUGUUGGCCAAAAAGGAAGAAAAAGUUCGCAAGUGCAAAAUCCAUGGACGCACUUGUCAAUUCGUUAGGAAAUACAAAAACACAAUAAUAUCUGUUUCUCACUUGGGUUAUUUAUGUAGAAAAUUCUGAUAUUAUUGUGUGAGAAAACAGAAGCAACUAUCGAAAUUAUUGUACAGUGUAUAGAUUAGCAAAAUGAUUAGAAAUCGGACGAUGGAAACAUUUAGCAAAAGUUAUUUAGAGGCGAUCCGUGACCAUUUACGUCCGGCAUUUGAUCCUGGAAUUAAUUUAAUUUGUUUAAGCCGAAUGAAGGCUACGGCCAAGUAUGACUCAAAGAUUCCACCCAUAGAAAUUUCGGCGUCAGUUGCUCGCCGGACCCGUUGUCACAAUUUUCAAAAAUCCGAGACAAACCAACAGAUUUGAUCUAUUAUGAAUUUUAUCAUCGACAAUUGUCAAACUACUUUCAAAAAGUCAGUUUUAUAUGAAACGGGAAAUCAUAGAACCUCGAGUAUCUCCUUCUCGAAACCGAUUAAACAAAUCUAAUAGAGAAACAUCGAUUACGUUUCUUUCAUUAGCGACAAAGGCUCCGGCGAGCUUGAAACUCACGACGUCAUUGCUUCUCUCUCAAUUAAGCUUGGAAUCGGAAUAAAAAUCAGUACGAUGCAUUUUUUUCUGUCAAAACAAGAGACAACGUAUUUAAAAUGAGGAAUGAAUAGAAAUACGGGAAAAUAAAACGAGACGCAAAAUGAUUUUAAUCCGUAACUUUUAGUGCUUUGGUUACGAGUCCGUGAUUGCUUUAGUUAGUCAAUAUAGUCAAAUUUGUUGGUAAUUUUGUUUUUCCUUAAUAUCAUUAUUAUCAUUAGUAUUAUAAUUAUUAUUAUCCUUAUUAUCAUUAGUAGGUCAUGAAUGUUAUAAGUAUCGAUCGAAAAAGAAAGAGAGAACAAAAAAUAGAAUGCAACGCUGAACAAAGCUUUUCGCAGCUUUAAACCACGUCGCCUGAAGGUCUGUGGACUCGAUUUUAUUCUGACUUUCGGGUUCACUUGCCCCUUUUUAUCUCUUCGUUCAAGUUUCUCGCGAAUCCUUAUCGUUUUGUUGUCUCGUUAUAUUUCGUCUUUCUUGUAAAUAGUAGCAUAUAAUAAUGAAGAGAAAAUAAAACGAAAGACAACGUCACGAGGGUUCGAAGAGCAGGCUUCGUUAACUAUCUAAUUAUUAAGGAUUAUGUGUAUAAGAAUUUAGUCGUUCGGCAGCAUUCUAUUUUUUUUUCUUCAUUUUUUUUCACUCUACUCGUAAGUGCAAAAAUUCCCCUUUUCUGCCUUGCAGAAGCGCUCGCGGAAUCGACCAAAAGCAAAUGAGGGGUGUAGAUCAAAAGUUUGUUUUUAAGUGUCGCGUAUCGCUAGUGUCAAUCUCGACGAAGGGGGGAAGCAAUUGUAGAUGAUAGUGAAGAUGGUGAUGCCGCGAGAAGGACUCGUAUGUUCGAGCACUUUGUGGCUCACUCCUAGGAAACAAUCCUCGCGAUUAUCCGCGUGUUUUGUGCGUAACUAUGGGUGUGGGUAUGUGUGUGUGUAUAUGUUUAUCUCCGAUUUCGAGCAAUUAAUAAGCGAGUUCCUCAAAUUUAUUGCGUACACGAUUUAGCGCCUUGUCAGUUAUAUUAAUCGUUUUUAUUUAAUAAUCGUUAUUUAUUCCAUCAUCGAUAAUCGCGGAUUAGUUUAUUACCAUCAUAUUCAACUCUUAGGAUAAUUUAAUGUUAAUUAGUAUGUAAAAUUGAGACAAAUGUUUGUUUUUUUCUUCGUUUAGAAUACUAUGCCUAAGUCAGAUAAAACCUCGAACUUAUUUAAAUGUGGGGGGGGGGGGGGGAAUUAAAAACAUUCAAUUUUAGCAGCCGCCUUAGAACAUGCAAACUUCUGUUUACGUUUUUUCUUUUCAAUUCUUUUUAUGUUUGUUUCUUUUUGUUUAUUUAUUCAUCGACGAGGUUCGGCCUUGUCAUUUUUGUCACUAAUUUAUUAUGUUCCGUAUGUCCCCACAUCGGUGUGCGUGCCUAAUUCUGUUUGUGUGUGUGUGUGUGUGUGUGUAAGUGAGUGCAUGUGACAAAGGGAAUUUCAAUAUAAUUUAUUAUUAAUUAUAAAAUAAGCAUCAAAAAGAAAAAUAUUCCUCGCGCACCGUUCAAAUAGCACUCGAUUACUAUUCACUCUAUUCUAGUUACUCGAAAGCUACUAUUGCUAUUGCUACAACUUAGCAUCUAUAUUGCUAUUCAAUAUUGACUUAUCAUUGCUAAGCUAUUGUUGAUGUGACAGGGAUUUAAGAAAAAGGAAACAAACUUCACUGCGUCUUUUCUAAAGCUGCACGACUCUUGACUGUAAUUCAUCUCAAGCCACUAUUCUACUUUCACUCUUUUUUCACUAAUAACUGUCGCGCCUACCCUUCAGAAGUUACUACAUUAUUCAUUUAACGAUACGGAAUUUAAGAGACCCAUUGGAAUAUUGAGAAAAAAAAUGAGGAGAAACGCUCACUUUGUACAUAGUUUUCCGGUCAUUGGUAUUUGAACGAUCUAGCGUCGAGCUGCCAAACUUUGUAAUCUACACGCUUAUUAGACACACGAAUACUUAAAAACAUAUGCGUGCGAGAGUGCACAUAUUGAGACAUUGAAAGUGAAUAUUGAAAAAAAAAAAAAUGUAUAUAAAUAUUUGUUAUGAAUAAGCAGCGAGUAGAGCUCGAUCUAUUGAAACAAGAGAGACAGGAAUUGAAAGUCGUUGACAGGAGCAUUGUAACGUAACUUCUUUCAUCGUUCACCAUAAAAUACGUAUACAGGGUAUCGAUGCGAAUUGUCGAUUAAGUUGAUGCAGUCGUUUUUUUUCGCUCCCGAGUGGCAAACACCGCGCCACCAUUGUGAGAAUUGUGUUUGUUCGAAAAAAUCGUCUUCCCUCUUCCGUGAGGUUAGUCGAUUGUUCCCGGUUGCCCAGUGGCUUUACCAAAAUGACCGCUUUUGGCGGGCCACGAACGGUACGGGCGGACGACGGCAGUCUCCGAAAAUUUCGAGAGCGCUAUAUAAACGUCAAUCGACCGAUGUGUUGACAGUUCGUUCGUUUGAAUUAUAUUCAAUAGUGAGAAUCGAAUGGACGAGAAAGAUAACGUUAUGAAAAUGUUGACAACUGUUAUUAUUCUUUCAUUAUUCACAGACACACGCAUAUACACAUUGAAAAAAGCACUCAAUUCUGUUUUCUGUUUGUCGAUUUCGCGCUCAAAACAUAUCGUCGUUACUGUAUAUAGGUUAAUCGAAACUUCGCUGGGUCUACGUUUUAGGCAGACUUGAGCGAACUUUUGAUCAACACAGUCACGUACGUGUUCCCUUUGGGUGUGUAGCUUUUCACAUUUUUUUUUCUCAAUUUUUCAUCAUGCUCGUAUUUUCGAACGACGUUCACGCUUCAGAAAGAUCCUUAUGGUAACGAAAAACGAGUCUCUAUUAUCAUUGUUAUUUCCCAUGUGUGGUCGGCCUUUCAACGUGUUCGAAUAUUCGAUGUACAUUCAAUAUAUAAAUUUGUAUUGUAUACAGAACGCAUUGGUAAUGUCAAAUACUAGCCGAAAGUAAGUGCAGGAAUAUAUGAUAGUUAAACUAAAGAGAGAAAAUGCAAACAAAGUGUAAGAUUAUUUUUAAGCGAAUGCCAGAGUUGGAUGUUUCAAAGAUUUUUUUUGUUUUUGUUUUUGCCUAUUAUUAUAUAUAUCGAGCAUGACUUAUGGGUGCCCGAGUCCCAAAGUUGAAAAAUAAAAAAAUAAAAAGCAAAUGAACAAAAUUCCUAAUUGUCGCUUCGACGCAAAAUGGAUGCUUCAACUAUUGAUCACAGUAUUACUAAAUGUACGUAGACACUUAAAAAAUGGAACAGCAACGACAAAUGAAACGCCCAUACACUAAAUUAAACACGAAUGCGAAAAAAUGAAAAUCAUUAUGAUAAAUAUAAUCUGUAUAAUCGUAAGAGACUCCAUUCAUGGAAAAGAUGGUUUUUAAUUAAACAACCUCACCCGGCUCUCUUUACAGCGCUAUGUAAUAAUAGAAAUAGGAAGAGAAUUUCAUGUACAGCAAACCGAAAAAUAUCCACUGUAUGCUAUUCUUGCGAAAGAAUUUCUUCGAUGGAUAAGACUCUGUAAAUAGUAGUUAAUUAGUGCCAAGCGUUGCAAAUAAACAGCGCUAGUACCAUUAACAUCACAUUUAUUUAUAAGUAAAAUUUUCCGUAUACCGGAAAAACAAAAAA